UCGAAGCAGUUACUUUUAUCCAUGCACUUGCGACGAAAUAAAUGUGAGUGAGUGAGUUAGUUGUCUUGAAGAAAAAAUUGUGAAAAGUUGAUAAGCGCUCGCAAUCAUGGCGAGUGGAGAAGUUCUUUUUAAAGUGGUUGCCCUCUUGGAAAUAUUCCUCGUGGUGGGGGUGCAGUCAGGACCUACCGGAUUCAGUAAAACUUUUCCUCUGCAAACAUCCUCCUGUGCUUUGGCGUGCACUGCCAAAAACGACCCCACAAAAUUCCAGUACGAUUCUGGCACGACGUACGUUUAUGAAUUUACCUCGGAUAUCGAAACCUUAGUUCUGGAGGAAACUACGGAAAAGUCGAGGCUUCGAGUCACCUCCACGGCCGAGAUUAAUGUCCUGUCCCCCUGCGACUUUAGCAUUCAGUUGAAAGGGGUCCAACUCUCGGAUCGAAGUCAGGCCCUUGGCACGUCGGAAAACGGGGUGAAACACGCCUUGGAAAAACAUUUGUUGAAAUUCUCCUUCCAAGAUGGACAAAUCGACCAGUUAUGCCCCCAUCCGGACGAACCAGGCUGGGUGGUCAAUCUCAAGAGAGGGAUUCUCUCCAUGUUUCACAACACAAUGGACGACUGGGAUUAUGACGGUAUCAUUUCAGAGACCGACAUUCACGGAAAAUGCCCCACCCAAUACACCCAAUCCACCACUCCUGCCUGGGGUGGAUCCCACAGCGUCACAAAGAUCAAGGACUUAUCCUCCUGCACGCAGCGCCGACAUCACCUCUCGUCCAUCCAAUCCAUCCCGUACUCGUCCUCCACCCCGCAGCCGAACGUCCUCUCCGGCACCGUCGAAUGCACGCAGACCAUCCUCCAAGGAAAAAUCGAACGUGUCGAGUGUCACGAGGAACAGAUUUUCAAACCCUUCGACCACAACGACGGCGGAGCCAGAAACGUUAUCACACAAACCAUCCGACUUAUCACGACUCGAGCAGGACAACCGACAACCGAUUCUGAGGUUAUCGGAAUGAGAAAAACUGGCCUCGUUUUCGAAUCGGAUACCACAUCGUUCGAAACGAGUCGCGAUUUGACCCAGGUUUUCAACCUUUUGAAGGAUCUGGAAUCCAAAACGAUUCCCAACGUGGAGACGGAAGCGCCCUUACUUUUCCGUGAAUUGAUUACUGCCCUCCGCACGUUGGACGAGGUUGCGUUGCGUUCUCUUCUGACGAAAGUGGUCGUGGGUGGGGGUGAGGGGGAAAAUCCACUGGGGAGGAUUUUGUUCAACGCAUUGCAAUCCGUGGGGACCGCACCGUCGCUCAAAGUUAUGGGAGAGCUUUACCUCGCGGGUGGAUUGAGCAGUGAUUUAGCCCAGUCUUGGUUGAGCAGUGUGACCUUCAUUAAAUAUCCGACGGCAGAUAUGAUAACCGCUGUGAUGCCCCUACUACAAGCUUCUAACCCGACCGUGGACGUACUGCUCAGCGUGUCCGGCCUGAUGAAUUCGUACUGCAGAACGAUACCGGAUUGCGCCACGGAUAAAAUGAUUCUGGAAGCGGCUCGUCUCAUGGCGUCCCCACUGGAACGGAGUUCUUGCCAUUUUCCGGACGACGACCCCAAACUACGAGAAGGCGUUCUUGCCCUCAAAGCACUCGGAAAUCUGGGAGUUUUUCCCGACUCAAAGAAUCAAAUUUUGCAGAGAUGUUUCACCUCGGAGAAGAAUUCGAUAGAAAUUCGUCUCUCCGCGAUGGAUGCGCACAGAAGGGUUACCUGCUCAGCAUUCUCGGUAGAUCCUUUCCUCCGAAUUUAUGCAGAUUACAAGGAAAAUACCGAAGUUCGGAUUCAAGCUUAUCUCAUCGUUAUGAAAUGUGCAAAUCGUAAAAUUUUGGAAACUGUGGAAAGAGUUUUGAAAAAUGAAGUUGUAAAUCAAGUGGGAUCUUUUGUAUGGACGCACCUCACAAACUACCAAGAAACAAACCGACCCGACAAAGAAAUCAUACGAAACCUAGUAUCCAACGAAAUCCUACAAAACAAGUUCCAAACAGACGCCCGAAAAUUCUCCAGAAACUACGAAAACUCCCUUUUCUCCGACGAAUACAAACUCGGUCUCGGUCUGGAUUCCAACAUCAUCUUCACGGAAGACUCCUUCCUUCCAAAAUCCGGCAUGGCCAACUUAUCCGUCCAACUAUUCGGCGAAACCGUUAACCUCUUCGAAUUCGGGGGACGAUUCAACUCCCCUGAAACCCUUCUCGAACCCAUCUUCGGUCCCGGCGGGUAUUUUCCGGACGAAAGUAUGUCCACCUUUUUAAAAAGCACCCGUCAAAAGCGUGAAACUACCAGCAAAUUAGCUCGCCUCGACUCCAUCCGGGACGACGCCGCCGCCAAUCUCGACCCUUCCCCUCGGGGAUCCAUCUACACUCGGAUCUUCGGACAUGAAAUUUUCUACAAGGAAUUCGACAUCAAUACCGAGUCCUCCAUUCCAAACGUGGUUGACGACGAGGGGAAAAAGUGGUUCAAUUUGAAAAACAUCUUAGAAAACUUGAGCACCGGGAAGAAAUUGGACUUCACGAGGUCCACCACACUGCUCGAUGUUGACUACUCGGUCCCCACAAUUUCCGGGAUUCCUCUCACCCUCUCCUUCCUCGCCGGAAGCACGGCGGGGCUCAAGGCCGAGGGGAAAUUCAACGUGGGCAAGUUCAUGGAGCGGAAAGAAAUCGAAUUGUACGGAUUGCUCAGACCGAACGUGGCCAUCAAUUUGGACGCGUCGCUAACAGUACGACUCGGACCGGGCAAUAAGUUUAUCCGAUCGGGUCUCUCGAUCCGAAACGUGCUCCGAUCUUCGACCGGGUUCGAGACCAAGUUGGAAAUCAAUGGGUAUUCAGGGGUCAAAGGUGUCUUUAAUAUUCCGCAAAAGAGACAAGAGAUUUUGGAAGCUUCGUCAAAACUGGUCUUCCUCCAAGCGUCCGGCGCAGAAAAGAUGGCGGCCAAAUCAUCGCCUUCUAUUGAAGAGCAAAGUUGCCUCGGAAAUGAGAAAGACUCCAACUUCCUCGGUCUCAAGCUAUGUGGAGAGUUAUCCCUCCCGAACCAAUUCACCGUCACCCCGCACUCCGCCGUGGUGCGGUUGUACCUCGAGAAAACCGAUGACUUUGACAGCUACACAAUCGACUACAGUUUAAAUCGACACCCUUUCAAGACUGAAUUUUCCCUCUUGUACGACACCCCGGGGUCAAAGAUUGACAGAAAAACGGAGCUCGAAUUUACCAAGGAAUCCACCACCGGGGUUUAUCACGUGAGUGUAAAAACCCCCACAAAAUUGGGCGACGCUGCGGGUACAUUCACGCCAAACUUGAAAUCCCUCCACGUCACGGUGAUCGACGGGAAGGAUAAACUUGUCCAGCUUAAUGGAAGCUUGGCCUUCGUUGGGGGAAAAAUCACGCCGAAUUUCUUCCUAGAAAUUUAUCAAAAACCCGUCGCCGAACUGAAGGGGAGCAUACAACUCCCCACGGACGAAGGCGACGAAGGCAGUGUGGACAUCAGUUUAAAACACGUGACCCAAAACCCCAUCCGACUUCAGGGGAAUUACAUCCGUAAAGAGGACGGGAGCAGUGACCUUACCGUGGGCGUGGAAUCCUACCACUUCACCGGAAGUUUGCACUCCAACCUGAAAUCCCGUCAGAAUCACUGGAGCAGUCGAUCCACUUUAGAAUAUUCCUGGAAACACGGCGACAUAAAUGUUAUCGACAUCAGCGCCAAGGUGCAGAAGACGCAGAAGGGGGCGCUUUCCAAACUCAGCGCGGCCGCGUCCCUCGUCACGUCCUCCUAUCCCGAUCAAAACCUCGACUUUUCCUGGGAGAUCUUGAACAGUGUCGGGUUCUGCGAAAAUAUUGUGAAAUUAGCGAUUGGAAAAUCCACCUGGGACGGACAUACGAUCUACAGCUUGCAAAAUACCCGGGACUUGACCGAACUUCGGUUUCUCGUGGCGCUCUCGAAUCCAAGAGAUGAUCUCGACUACACGCUCGAAUUCACCCAUCGGAUGGUGGACCACUCCAUAACGACGCGGUUCACGGGGAGGAUCUCUCCCGUGACCGAGGUCAAGGUCAAUUUUCAGUAUGACACGGUGUCAAAACCGUUUCUGAGUAAUAACCUGACGGCAGGAAUUACUUGGCCGGGCGCGGAAUAUUUUGCGACCUUUUCCCUCCUGGAAAAACGGAGGGGGGAAUUUGACAGUGAAAUUGUCAUCAGUUUGAACAAUUUUCGAGAAAUGAAGGCCACAAUUUCGUACCUGAACAACUCGAACAAUUUGAAACUUGAUCAUUCCAUUGAGUUUAGAGCGAGGGGGUUUUUCUCGGUGCCAAUUUCGGGAAAUGUUGGUUUCACAGUGACAGAUAAGCAGAGCCAUGUCGGUUGUCAGGUGCUUAUCGAGGGUAAAAAACCGUACAGUUCUCGCCUCAGUACGAGUGUGGAUUACAGCCAUGUCCGGAAUAUGCACAAGAUUGAGGCCAAAGUCACCUUUAAUGAGAAGAAGUACAGCAGUGAGGUGGCUUUUGGGCAGGGGAGUAAAAAAUCGGGGACAGGACAGCAGUUCCUCACGGUGGACUUGUUCCUCAAUCAGCACAUUUUUAUCGAGGGGAAGAUGUCGGGCUCCCUCCUGGACAAAAUUACUGCAUCCCUCCUCCUCAUCCCUGACAAGGGGAACGCUCCCCUCAAGAAAUUGGACCUGAGUGGAACCUUAUCCCGAAAAAGUGGGUCUCUUGACUUGAACUAUUUCGGGGACAAGUUUGCCAUCAGUGGGGCCCUUGGAAGUCGCGGUGAGGAUGACACCAGGACCCUGAACGCCCAAGUUGUCUGGGGUCUCGACAAAAAAAUCACCAUUUCCACCGAGCUCUCCACCCUGACACGUUCCAAUGGAUUCGUCUCCCUUCAAUUGUCCACGCCGUUCCAAGACGUCCAAAAUCUGACCCUGUUUUGGAUCCAUACCAUCAAAAGUGACCAGUGGUUGGGCAAGUUGUCCGGAAGUUUGGGCGAGAAAUCCCUCCUAGUUCAACUCGGGGGAGCAAUGACCCCGCAAAAUGUGGAGGUUACAGGAAUUCUGGACGUUUCCGGAUACUCGAGAUGCGACUUGAACCUCGCGUUGAGCAGAAGUUUGAAUCGGGACAAUUUAACGGCCUCAUUUUCACGCGGGGUUGACCAGAGUAGUUUAAUUGUGGAGAGAAAGUAUCCCAGCGUAGGAAACGGGACCGGGUUGAACGUUAAAAUCAAUGGGUUCAAGUAUAUGCCGGAGAUUUCUAUCCUUUGGGACACCACGACAGACCCUUAUAAUGGAAAACACUCUUCAAAACUGCACCUCGACUGGGGUCGGACGAAGUCCUCGUUGCACCUGGAUCUGCUCAAGGACAUGAAUCCCCCCUCCUACCAGAUCUCCUUCCUUACACCGUUCCCCACAUGGAAAUCGUCCUCUGCACGAGUCACCCUUGCCGACCAGGGCGAAUCCCCCUCCUCCUCGUACACCUUCUUCAUGACCAACGAGGCAGACCUGACCCUCAUCCCGACACAAAUCCACCUCCAUGCUACUCCAUCAUCACCUUCCUUCUCCCAUUCCGCCCUCGUCACAUGGACAAAACAACCCCCAAGUGAAAUCGGAUGGUCCAUUUCCGGUCAUCUUGGUGGAUUCGACAACACAAAGAUUGCCGCCAGCUUGGCCACCUCUGGUCAAAAUUACUCCGCCCACAUCCGAUGCGAACUGGACAAUGGCAUCCAAGUUUUACAGCUCUCCACCAACCUCGCCUCGUACAAGAGCGAGUUGGGCGUCGCCCUGAAGAACGAGCAGGGUCUCGAUAAUGAUGAUAAGAACACGCGUCAAAUCACAGCCUGGACGUCAUACUUAUCCGGUCGUGACGAGACCAGAGCGACCUUUUCCCUCCAACGGGACGACACCCAGGUUAACAAGGUCAGCCUCCUUUUAACCGAAAAUUCCCAACCGCUCCUCCACCUCGACGCGGACUUGGUGUGGAUCGGCUUCACGAAAUUUUGGAGCGUGUCCUCCACCCUUAAAUCAAACCUGGCUCUAAUUCCGUCCCUCACUUUCGAAUCGUCCCAUAACAUGUUGGACAUGCGAAAUAUCGUCAACGUUAACCAUUUCCUCGUCUCCCCGAUGAAGUCAACUUUCUGGGAGGAAAUUCUCCCCACUUCGCGGAACUUCUCGUCCCAAACGGUGCUCACCAAUAUGGAAAACUUGUACAGUUCGGUCACCUGGGGGGGCGAGAGUCUCACCGUGGCUGGGGGGCUGCACAACGGGAAUGAUUUCAAGUUUGAGGUUUCUUCGACAGCAUUUACGCCACUGCAGGGAAACAUAUUUUAUGCCCGGGCUGAGAACAGUGUCACGAUUAAGUCGGUUAUUGUGAGGAAUUUCACGGAGAAGGUGAUCGAUCUGAGUGUCAAGGCGUCCUCGAAGGGAAAAGAAGGGACUCAAUUUGUGGGAAGUUUGGCACCAUCGAAAUAUUUUAGGGGAGUGGAAGCGAAAUUUGGGUUGGAUAAGGAAGCCAGAGUUUUGGAAACGUAUUUAAGAUCGGAUAAGAAUUAUGUCUUCUUUUUAAAUGCGAAGGGACAGGCCACAAUUUCCCAAGGAUUUUUCAAACUUACAUCCAAAAGUGAAUUCUUCCCCUCCAUCGACAAACACGAGUUGGACACGAGAUACCAAACCGGAAAAGAUACCGAUGCCACAGUCACUCUAAAAUACACCAACGGUUACGUGACCCACCACAUCGAAACGUAUGGCAUUUGGGGGACCGAAAAGCUGAUCCGAAUCACCUCCGAAGGCGACUUCAUGGCCGGGGUGGAAAUCCAUUUACAAAAUUUUAGGAAACUAUCCCUCACCACUUCCCACGAGGGGAAGAAAGUGUGUCAAGUAGAGGUCAACUAUGACACGAAGAUGUCCACCUUUUCCUACGGUGAACAUCUCGUCGCAAUUGAGGUCACCGUUCAGAACGGAAAUCCGCAUCGGGGGACAAUCUCGGUGGGUUUGGACCCCAAAAAAGUCGACUUUUCUCUCACCACGCCAUUCCAAAACUGGUCUAACGUCCGCCUUUAUUGGGACAUUGAUGUCCUCAAUGGGAUAAAAUCCGCCAAAUUCGGCGUUCACAAAGAAGCCGACAAACUGGACUGUGUUUUCGAUAUGAAAUCCAACAAGCGAAGUAACGAGACGACCGUCUUCUCGGAAAUCAGCAUUGUCGGAUUCAAAUCCAUAAGAAACAUGAUAUUCGAAGACUACCUCAAGAUUUCCGACUCCCUGACCACGGUGGAAGGGAACUUCUCCGCUUUGGCGAAAUGGUCCCACUCCGGGGUCCAAGUCCAGUUCAAAACUCCGCUGGAACGCUAUCGAAAUCUGAAAUUUACUGGAAAAUAUGAAAAUAAACGUGUCGUGCGCGUAAUUUUACUCACCUGCGAGAUAAACGAGAGACACCACGAGUUUAAAACUUCUCUGAAAACGGGGCCGAACAAAUUGGAGGCUGACUUUGACGUGAAAUGUGUCCAAUCUUAUAAAGGGAAAUUAUCUCUGGAUUAUUUAAACAGGAUGAACUUUGACCUUGAAGGACCCUCUGGUCGAUGGGGGGUUAACGGUCACUGGACCGAGACGAGUCUCUCCCUCUCCGCCACGACACCGGUCACUCACUGGGAGAAAGUCCUCCUCGAAGCGAAGUACGAGUACGUGUCACCCCUCCGACACAGUGGCAGCGUCUCCUGGAACGUUAACGACUCAGGGAACUCGGUCGGCUACAAUUUUCUCCAGGACGCUAAAAACGUCACCUUGCUUAUCACAACGCCCAUCAAAUCCUGGGAGGAGGUCAACAUAACCCUCACCUCGAACGAGGACUACACCGAUGUCGACUUCAUCGCAAAGAAAUCCGACCAGCAGGAAAUCCGGGUGGUCGUCAAGACUCAAAUCGUCGGGGCUUUAUCCAACCUUUCGUCCGACGCGGGGCUCACCCUCCUCGUCCGGGUGACCUCCCCAUUCCAAGAAUACCAGGAAAUGCGCCUCCUCACCCAGUACGACCGGGUCGGAGGUGAGCACACCUCAACCGUCGAGUACAGUAGGAACGCACACCUGGUCAAACUUAAGGGUCACUUCCUCUACAAUCAGGAACGCCCGCACGCCAUCGACCUGCAAGUUGACCUCUCCUCCUUUCAGAAUUACUCGUCCAAAGUCCAAGCCACCUUGUCGAUCGACCCCAGCGGAAAUAACUCCUUCGUCGCGGUGGUAGAAUUUAACCAGGCGAAACACGAGGUUCACGCGACCCUCGACUUGUCCGAGAACAAUACAAUCUUCGGACUGAAAACGACCCUCUCGUUUCUGGAAAGGGUGCAGCUUUCGUUCAAAAACGGGGACAAGGUAAACCUCCACGGUUUGUGGGAAGGGUCCGGACAGGUUUUGGAUGUCACGAGCAUCCUCGUCGGGUCAGGCUGGUCGGCACAGAGGUUGAACUUGUCCAUAAUUUCGCCUUUCCAAGGACUUCGUCAUAUCUUUUUGUACGCGGACUAUAAACUGACCCCAGACCAGGUGGGGUCUUCCUUCCUCUUUGAGAAUGAGGAUUCCCGCUGGCUCGGAAAACUUGAGGGGGGCGGGCUCCACAAUUUAGGACUGAAUGGGACCUGGAACCUGCAAGUGAACACGCCCCUCCGAGGUUAUCAAGACGUCGGGGUGAAACUCAGCCACACGUGGAGACCCGACUUGAAAUCACUUGUCGUAGAAAUCGACGCCAACUCGGAACGACUCAUCGACAUGAAGGUGUCCCUGACCAAGGGCGAACUUGCCGUGGCGUUCGACUCCCUCGUUUUCGACGGGGACGAUAACAACGUCUCGACCCAUGCAAAUGUCAAGUGGGGGUCGGGCGUAAUUUGGAUCGAACUCACUGCCCGGGCCGGACAAGAGACACAGGUUGAUGCGAAUAUUCACGGCUUUUCUUCCGGCAUGUUGCACCUCUCGAGCCAAACGUUUCCCGAGGUGACGUCCCGCAUCGCGUGGAAGGUGGAUGGCACCUUGGACGAUGGCAACGUCUGGGCAACCCUGACAAAUCAGGUGCUAGGGUCGCGCUCCAUCCGGUCCGCGUGGCGACGGGACAGGGACUGGAAACGGGUCAAGUUUGAGACCUGGUUGCGAAACGAUGACGACACGGAGAGUGAACUUGGUGGGUUGGGAGAGUUCAUCGUCACUCCGGUGCCACAGGGAGGGUAUAAAGUUCAACUGAAUGGGAACUGGGCGCUAGAGGAGUCACAUUCGUUCUCCGUUAGUGGAAAAUUUACGAGAAAAGAGGCAGAAUCGUUUCAAUAUGGUGGCGAAAUUGUGGCAGAGUCUACGACGCAGUUAUUCCAAACGUUCUCCACUUCCGGAAACGUCUCCAUCACGACUGGGCAAGGAAUCACUGCUUCCAUCACGUCGAUCCAGAAUGGAGCCCAGUUUCUCACUUUGACCACAAACAUUGUCCUCACGCUGCCGCAGAGUAGAAUCUUUGUCGCCCUAAACGCUCCCCAAGUCGUGCAACCCUUCCAACUCGAAGCGGCGUACAAUACCUCGUCCGAAGUGAAAUUCGUCCUAGUCUCGUUCGCCCGAGGUGACGAUUCUGUCGUCAUCCUCCAGUCGAGAAUCGUCACUCCGAAAUCCAGGCAAGAAGUCGAGUUCAUGUUCAACCUGAACAGUAACUUGUCCUCUUUGCGCCUCGAGGCGGACGGCGUGGUAAAAGGAAGCUAUCGACAUGACGGGAAGGAUGGCAAGUCGCACCUCAAUGUUGUCCUCACCUCGGAAAAACUGGGCAAUUGGGACUUUUCCGGGGCACUUAGACCCUCAUCCGACUUUUUUGUCGAGUUGGAACUGACCUCUGGGAACAUCGUGCCCCUCCGGGUCGCUGCAUUUUGGCGAGGAAACCUCCUCCAACGGAUAACCAGCAGCGUUUCUCUGCACGUCAAGGAAUUUCGUGUGAACGGAAACUUCUCCAUGACGCAGGACGCGAUCCGAGUCAGUUUGUCGACCCCGUCGAAGGAGGUCGAGUUGGAAGGAUUUUUCAAUUUACACUCCACCCCGAAAGAUUUUGAAGUCAGGUUGACCUUGAACAAGGACACGUUUAAGAUCUUAGGAAAUUGUAACGUUUCCCAGUCGUGGGACGGAAUUGGGUCCAUUUCCGUAACGAAGAAUGACAAGAAUCUGGCCGCACUUAAGUUUGCCCUGGAAGCUGGAAAUCUGGUCAUUUCUGGGGCGUGGGACGAUCGUCAGGUUCAAGUUCAGGGGAAAAUUUUGACGAUGGAGAAUAGCACGUGGUUGGAAAAUGGGAGGAUCAAUGUGGUCCUGAUGCUCGACUCGAGGGAACAAUUCAGUUUGGAAUGUGCGCAUAAAUUCGUGGGGGAUGAACAUUUGUUAAACGUUACGACGAAGGAUGGGAAAUUGGUUAAGAUUCACGUUACGAAAAGGGACCAGGAUAAUUAUGUGGUUUCGGCUAAUCUCCAGUGGGAUGUGGAGAAUAGGAUGAAAUUCUUGAUUGAUGUCGACCCCAAUAAGUUUGAUAUAUUUUUCUCUUCCCCAUACACCUCCGAACUCGCCGUUCACGGCAUGUUCGACUCCACCUCGGACCACACAACGCUCGAAGGAUUCCUUAUUUACGACACGCAACGAUCCACCGGCCUCCUCCACACGACCCGGAACAACGACUCUGUCCAGUUCAACAUGUCCAUCGAAAUCCCCGCCCUUCAUCAACGACUCGCCACCACCAUGCUUAUCCAAACCGGAACCGACCCCCAUCCCAAAUCUGGGGGCGACUUCCGCCUAAACGUGAACGGACAUCAGUUCAGCUUGACGGGCGAAUUAGUCCAUCGACUCGUCCAAGAUAAGAAACAGAAAGAAAGUAGCUUAUCCCUCUCCGUCACACUUCCGGUCAAAGGGAUGAAACCAAUCGGGACAAAGGUCACCCUCAUCAAAUCACUUUAUUCCCUGCAGCACAUCCAGCUCGAUGGGAACCUUAACUUCAACGGAGAAAUGGCCUCCUUAUCGACCGGAUAUCAACUCCCCUCUCAAGAUAACAACCAAUCCAUCAGUGUCAACUUCCUGGUUCGAAAUAACAUCAAGAAAUUCCCCAUUUUCACGUAUGGCGUCUCCUUAUCUGUAUCGCCAUCCCUCAAAAACGUGUCAACCUCCAUCCUCUUCGACGCCAAUAGCGUCUCACUAAAUUGGAACGUUAACCUGCCCGAUGUUUCCUCCUCCGUAAAACUUUCCCUCCCCUCGUGGGAUGACGGUACAAGUAACAAUCAUCAUUAUAAUUUCGACCUUGCUGGCCACCUCAAUCUGACAACCCGAGUUUUCAACGCCUCCCUAAACAUGGCGUGUCGAGAGAGGAAUUUCAUCGCAGCGGUGACCUCGCACCUUCAAAAUGAUGGGAUCACGUGUCAAGCGAAUGCAUUCUCAUCCUCGCACUAUCUCGAUUAUCGGUACCGUCUUUACGCCAAGAAGAAACCAGGAAAUCGGUACGAACUCGAACUGUCCAGUUUGCAGGAUACGAUAAGCCUGGAUUUUAUCGGGGAUGUCGUCACAAAUAACGGAGCUAGUAUUACCGCCAACGGGAAAAUGACGGGGUCCUUCGGGUCACUAUUUGGAAGGCUGGACUACUCCAAAAAUACGGAGCACGGGCACGAAGUAAUCCUCACUUUGGAGUCAGCAUCUCUCAUUUCUGGGAAAAAGGUCAUCAUCCGAGGCGACCUUGCCCCUCAGGAGAACGGUUUCCAGUCCAAGAUUCAGUGCCGGACGAGAACCGGGAUCCACACGGGGUCACUUUCUCUCAGUGCGGACGCCUCAACCGGUUUCGACGUGAAGGUUGGUCUCCUCUCGCCACAAGUGGAUCCCAUAAACGUGCAAGUUUCCUGGAGGAAGGACGGCUCAAAAUUUGAAGGCUUUGUCCGUGCAAACUUUGACAAUGUGACGAACGAAGUGGAAAUGUUUUUGGACGUGACGAAUUUAGAGGGAAGGGUCAAAAUUGGGUCCCCAUUGAUUCCAUCGUCACGUUUUGAUGUCCAUCUGAAGUCGCUCUUUUCUUCGGAUGAGAUCGACAUUUUGGGGGAUGUUCACAUUCGGGAGUAUCACUGGAGGUGUGAGGGGGCCCUGAAGUACCAGAGUUGGCGGGAUAUGGUGGUCAUGUUGCAGUUGUUAACGCCACAUCAGUCCUUUGAUAGACUGACGAUUGCUCUCAAGUUGUCGGAUGAUGAAAUUUAUGGGGAAAUUUAUACCCCGAUGGUUCCCCUGCCGAAAGCGAUGGUGAAGAUUUCUGGAUUUAAAGCCAUACAGGAAAGGAAUUGGGAUGAUUUAAGGCCCGGAAUUAGUGUGGGGUUGCCAUUUGGGAAGUAUUCGCUGGCAGGAAUUUACACAAAACCAAGUUCCUCCACUCCCGGAAAAAUCCAUCUCUUCUUCGAAGACGGCACCCUCUCAUCCCCCCAUCAAACUUACCAAUUCACCACCGAAAUAUCUCCCCUCUCCUCAUUCAGCCUUAACAUGAAUGACCUCGGCCGAGUUUCCCUCUCCCUACAAAUCCCCACCCUGCCCAGGCUCGACUUCUCGGCGGAAGGGCGAGUCCGAGGACGCAGCCUUAUCUCCCUCAACACCCACGGCACCCUGAACAACAAAUCCGUCACGUUCUCCUUCGACUACAACAAUGACAACGGAAGCCCCACAAUCGCCUCAAAGUUAUCCUCACCCUUUGAAAUGUACGAAAACGUGGCGCUGUCCUUGGCUUUCGACACCUUCCAGAAAAUCGGCCAGGGUCGAAGUUUGCACAUGGUGCUGCAAAAUCCCGACUGGAUGGAUGACAUCACCCUCACGGCGGACUAUCGCUACCAAUACGGCGGAUUCUUAACGAUGGACGGCGAACUCAACGCGGUCCUCGACUCCUUCAUGGACAUCCCCGCGGUGCACUUUGCUCUGGAAACGGACACGGAAUCGGGCCGAUUUUCGGGCCUGUUCAACACAAAAAUUGGAACUGUUCCAGGCUCACUUAAGAUUGAUGUGAGCCUCCUCAACGAAAAUAGUGCCGCCCUAUUUGUGAACGGAACCCUGGGGGGCGAGGAGGACAAUGCGUACACACUUUUCACAAAAGUGGACUUACACCGAGGCGAGGACAAUGUCCUGUUCUCCAGUGAAGUUUACAUCCUGGACCAACCCCUGCUCGUGACACGGUCCACGUUUUCGACAAAGUUGGACGCGGCGGGGGCCGAGUUGGAAUUAGCGACGCCGUGGGGACCGAUCCACCUUAGUUUUACCCUCGUUCCAAUUUUACCCUUGAUCUCGGACGGACGAGAUUUCUCGGUGGGACAACUCCUUUCAAAUUCGAAUGCUACCCUGCACCUGGAAUUCAACGAGGAACGCGUCCUCGGUCUACAAUUCGUGUCGAAUGACGCCGGAGUCGCGGUGUUCGAGUUGUUCAAUCCCAUCGCACCAAUUUCUCUGAUCCUAAGUGUGAAACGGGUCACGAAAUCGAGUCUCUUUUUGACCGGAGAGUUCUGCUGGGAUCUCGACAAUCCUGUCGGAAACACGGUGGGAGGACGGGUCACCUGGGAUCGUGGCCUAUUCGGACAAGACGCCGGUUUGUCCCUGGCUCUCAAAGAGAUUGGAAACGUUGAGGUCAAGGUGUCCCACUCCUUGACGAGUUUGUCGCUCAAUCAAACCGUCCUGGUCAAAUGGGAGAGUCCGUUCUUUGAAAGUGUGGGGCAGUCGGGGUAUCACUUGAUCGUGACGAAGGGCUCGUCCCUCCUGAAGUACAAAAAUUACGGGACCUUCCUCCAACUCGACCUCCCGUGGAGAUCCCUUUCCCUCGACGUCCUCUCGAACGACCAUCCCGACGAAUUUGUUGCUUCCGCUCUCCUAAAAUGGGACGCUCUUCGCGAUCCCAGCAAGUCGUUGGGGGUCAAAUGGUCCCAAGAUGUCAAGGCUGCCUGGAGGAUGGCAGAAAUUACUGACUUUUUCGAACUCACGCACCCACUCUCACCCACCCCCGUGGUCAUCUCGACGGAGCGGAUUUACCGAAACGGGCACUUCCAACUCGUCGAGGUGCAACUGAACGGAUCCGACUCGCCGGAAAAUGCCGUGACGAUUUCAAUCUUUCGAAAUAACACGAGCUGGGCUAACUCGAGGUCCAUAAUUCGUCACAAUUUGUCCAACAUGAUGAUUUCCUUCCGCGUUAAGACGUCCGAAGACAACAGUCACUCCACGAUGGAGCUGUCCUACAUGGACGUUUCCCGAGUCGUGAGGAACCUCACGGUAAAUCUGGUCAGCAGUGAGGAUGCCUUUGAAAUGGUGUUGUUCUCCUCAAGUUUGGACCACAAGACGGACGUUGUUCUCCUAAAGAAUCAUCGAUACCAGGACUUGACCACGGUGAAUUGUCGAUUCCUCUCGUACGACGUGGACGCCAUGAUUUUGACGAGUCUGCCCUUCCUCGAAAUCAACGUGAAACACAAGGGGGCCGAUAAGCUGAACGUGUUUGGGGGGUACUCUCACAAGAAGAAGAUUGGUGGGCAUGUUGCCCGCGUGGAGUCGGAAAAAUUUGAUUAUUUCUUUAAAACGACGGCCGAGUUGACGCCAACGAACGUUCUCACGGCGAAGGUGACCUGGCUCCCAGACCUGUUUUCGAACCUGCUCGAGUUGCGGAUUCCGACGGAAAUUAGCUCCUCGAUUUUCAACGAUAUCGAUUCCUUCCGGAUUUUGCAAGGGGUUCAAGGAGAGCUUGAGGCGCGGUGGGAGAAACAACUUUCACCGGAAGUGAGGGAGUAUUUCGUACAGUUUAAAUCCUUUGUGGGGAAUGAAGCGAGGAAAAUGUAUCAAGAAGGGGUCGACGUGGUUCAGAAAAUUGCAGAGUUUUAUGAAAAGGAUGUCUUUUAUGUGAAAACGAUUUGUCAACAUUUUCAAAUUUCGGAAAAUUUUAGAGAAAAUGUUUGGAACGUUCUCGUUAACGUUUGGAACAAGCUGACCGAGUCGAUCUCAUCCCUGAUUCCGCAAACGUUAGAACUCUAUGAAAAUUGUGGUGGUCGUCUGGAAACCUUGGUCAUGACGUAUUGGCAAGAAACGUCCGAUUUCGUGGAGUCAGUCUGGCAAGAAAAUGUGAAUUUGGUAUCGUCAACAUUCACCAAAAUUUGGGACGCGUCAAAAUCCUUGUUGGAUCUGUUAGAAGGGAAAAUCGAUGAGAUUGAGGAAAAGUUGAUGGCUGUUGGAUUGUUCCGGAAAUUCGUGGAGAUUUACAAAGAUUACGCGACAUGGUUUGAAGAAAUUCCGUUCCAAGAAUUCGCCAAGAAGAUUGAGGACAUGAUGAACAUUAGAAUAUGGGAUCGCUUAUCCUACUACAUUGAACCACUCCUAUCCGCCAUCCGGAACGGCCUAGAAAUCGAAUACUUCACCGAUCUCCUCCAAACUCCCCCCCUUCCCUUCAUCCGCUCCAGCCUCUACAACUUCCGUUCCGUCGUGUCCAAAUUCUGGCAAGUCUUGGAAAUCGAAUCCCGUCUAAAGUCCAUCGUUCGAGCCUCCCUACACAACUUUGACCGCAUCAUUCACCGCUACUUACCCACCUCCUCCUGGAACUACGACUUUUCCCAGGGCUCCAUCGAGCUCAACCAGUCCCUCAGCGCCAUCCAAUGGACCGACUUCACCACCACGCCGAGAUGGCGAACGACCUCCGAAGACGUGCAAGACGUCAGCCAACUGACCAACUUCUACUACCAAGUUUUAGACACGGUGGAAAGUCUGAAGCCCGUCUUUGACCUGAACCUCCGCACGAUUCUGCCCCCUUUCAGCGCCUACGCCCUCAUGGCGGGCGACUACCACUACUUCACCUUUGACAAGAGGUACUUCCGGUUCGUCGGGGAGUGCAGUUACCUCCUCGUGUCCGACUUGUCCCAAUCCACCGACCCGUUCUCCCUCAUUGUGAAUUACGACAAUAGGAACGGGGUCAUUCGGAAGAAGUCGUACGCGCUGGUGGUCAACCAGAGUUCUGUCGAGAUCGAAGUUGCCGACUUCAAGGUCACCGUGAACGGGAGGAAGGUCGAACUUCCGCUGAAUAUCGGGUCAACCUUCUUCCUCCGGAGACACCAGACCGGGUUGGAGCUCUACGACACGAGAGGAUUCACCAUGACGUGCAGCUUGUCCUUCACCGUGUGCACGGUGUCCGUGUCUGGCUGGCAUUUCGGAAAGUUAGGGGGGAUCCUGGGCACGUAUGAUAACGAGCCGAGCAACGACCUCGUGGGGCCGGACGGACAGGAGAUCAGUGACAUGUCUGCCUUCGCGUACGCUUGGAGGGUCGGACGAAACAGUGGGUUUUGUCGGAUGAAGAACUUUGCCAAGGAGGAGGGUCAGAUAGACGUGCACGAUGUGGACGAUAUUUGUCACAAUUUACUGAGGAAUCGGAGCUCCCCGCUGAGACCGUGCUUUAACACGGUGGAUGCGGCGAUUUACAUGGAAAUGUGUGAGUAUGACGUGUCGAAAAAUGUGAACAGUGCGAACAGAGUGGAGUCCGCGUGUCCAGCGAUGAACGCGUAUGUCACGGAGUGUCAGAAGAAUAAUGUGGAUGUGUGGAUGCCGCCGACGUGUGUCCGAUGCCGCCUGGAGAACGGUGAUGCAUUGACCACCGGUGAAAAUGCGACCCUCCAAACCAACGGAGACGUCCCACCACCACAAUCCUCCGAUAAUGUCAUCCUUCUCCAAGAAGCUGCCUGCAUUUCGCCCUCCUCCGUUCUCUCCGAAGCCAUAAAACGACUCGACUUGGCCCUCCAGGCAGAAGGGCUGAGAAACAAUAGAUACGCCAUCGUGGGUUUCGGAGGGAGUGGGGCACGCAGCCAGCCCCACGUCAAAACCACGUCGGCCACCGUUUGGACGCACAACACUCUUUUCAAAAUCCCAAAUGACACUACGACCACCACCACCAACGCGACUGGACCUUCUUCGAACCUUUAUGACGCCAUCCACUACGCAGCAUCGCUCGGUUUUAGGGCCGGAGUUUCAAAGAAUUUCAUCUCUGUGACGUGUGGCGAUGAAGAUUGUGGCGACUCGGUGCGUUACGCGGAUGUGUUGACGUUGCUCGUGGAAAAUGAUAUCAAACUUCAUAUGCUCGUUCCAAAGCAGUUUACACUCAAGGGAUCAUCCCCCCGGAAGGACGAGACGAACCAAAUCUAUGGGAUGGACAUGAACGGAGUUUACACCACGAAGCACGCCAAACACGGCUUGCUUGACGCCGACCCCGUCCUCAAGAGACAAAUCAACGUCCCCAAAGACCUCUGCACCCCACUCGCCAUGGAAUCCAACGGGACGCGGUUCAACGUUGAGCAAGCCACGAAAAAGGUGUUGGACGUGUGGUCACGUCGCGUCGCCCAGACGUCGCACCCCUCGUCCUGCCAACGCUGCGAAUGCGUUCCCGACCGCUUCGGCUCGGCGAGCAUCAUGUGUCACCAGUGCGUGUCGCCGAGCUUGUGGAAAUUUAUGGAGGAAUGGAAAUCCUACCAGAGUUUGGACGGGGAUGACUUUCCCGUCGAAUUGAUCGACCAUGGCGGCGACUUUAUCAUGGCGACUUAAAUUACUUAUCAUAAUUUAGUGCACAACUCGAUUUAGAAUUUGCGUAUGUAUUUAAAUUAAAGUUUGACUAAUCUUUAGUUAAGUAAUCAUUUAACUGCUGACUGAUAUAUAUCGUGCCCCGAGGAGGUAAGUUGAGAUUGUGAAAGAAUUACAAGUAUUCUGAUUUUGUAUGUUUAUAUAGGAAUGUAUAUAUAUAAGUACUUGAUUUGUGAAUAAAAUUAUCUAUAUAUCUAGUUCUUAUCAUCAUAA